CAAUGUCUUCCGUUUCACGUACCACUCGCCAGACACACGCUCCAUUCAUCCGUGCGCCUGUGUUCACCGGUGUUAUACUACGCAGCUGGUAUUGUGUGGGAGAAGAGGGCCACAAGCAUGUCAGGCUCAACUUCCCCGCCUCCCACAGUGGAGGCUGUGGGCACUGAGGGAUGUUUUCCCCCAGGAUACAAACCGUUCAAACCCGAGGAGCACGGACUGGAGCGCGGGUUCCGCCUCACAAGCUUUUCGGAACUGAAGGGAUGAGGCUGCAAAGUCCCGCAGGAGGCUCUGCUCAAACUCCUGGCGGGACUGGAGCCGGACCGGGCCGACGGGACAGGGAGGGCCGGAGACCAAGCUUCGGAGUUCGGCCAACAGCUACCUGGCCCACGACUAGGCAUAGGGAUGGACUCCGCUGUCAUUCCUCUGAGACAUGGAGGACUGUCACUUGUCCAGACCACAGAUUUCUUUUACCCUCUGGUGGAAGAUCCAUACAUGAUGGGCAGGAUAGCAUGCGCUAAUGUCCUCAGCGACCUCUAUGCCAUGGGCAUCACAGAGUGUGACAACAUGCUGAUGCUGCUGAGUGUCAGCCAGAAGAUGAAUGAAAAGGACCGUGAGCGGGUGAUGCCGCUGAUGAUUCGAGGCUUUCGUGACGCAGCAGAAGAGGGAGGAACUUCAGUGACAGGUGGACAGACUGUGAUAAAUCCCUGGAUCAUUGUGGGAGGAGUAGCAUCGGUCGUCUGCCAGCCUAAUGAGUUCAUUAUGCCUGAUGGGGCUGUACCAGGUGACGUUUUGGUGCUGACCAAACCUCUGGGCACUCGGGUGGCUGUAAAUGCUUAUCUGUGGAUCGAUCAGCCUGAAAAGUGGAACAAGAUCAAGCUGGUUGUCACCAAAGAGGAAGUUAUAGAGGCCUAUCACGAAGCUAUGUUUUCCAUGGCAACCCUUAACCGCACAGCGGCGGGUCUAAUGCACAAGUACCAGGCCCACGCUGCCACAGACGUGACUGGUUUCGGCUUGUUGGGUCACGCCAACAACCUGGCAAGACAGCAGCAAAACGAGGUGGCCUUUGUUAUCCAUAACCUUCCAAUCAUAGCCAAGAUGGCUGCCAUCAGUAAAGCCUGCGGAAACCUGUUUAACCUGCUUCAGGGCACUUCAGCUGAGACUUCCGGUGGGCUACUGGUGUGUCUGCCCAGAGAGCAGGCAGCCAAGUUCUGCUCAGAGAUGAAAAACCUCAGCUCCGGAGCAGGGGGUCAGGGGGCGGUGGGUGGAGCGUGGAUUAUUGGUAUUGUGGAGAAAGGCGACCGCCAUGCUCGAAUCAUUGACAAACCCCGCAUUAUCGAGGUUCCACCCCGAGGAAGCCAGGCAGCAAAUCAGGAAAACAGCUCCACCAGCCCUGACCCAAGCCCCAAUGUGUCAUAGACACUGUCACCCUCUGACACUGUUCUGGUGUGUGUGUGCAAGAGAGAAUGAGUGUGUCUAUGUGUGUAUUAAUUGUUGUUCAUCCCAUCUACCUUUUCUGUCAAAAAGUUGACAGUGCACAGACCAAAACCCAGUGUCAUGUGAUCCACUGAGAGAGGAAAUGGACCACAGGCUGCAUACAUGUCCAGCUUUAGAAGGAGCUGCUAAACAUGGUGUACUUCUCAUGUUUCAUGUUGUAACUUCAGGGCACAAUGCUGUACUGCCUCUCUCAGCAUUAUUUUUCCCUGUUGCCUUUCAUAUAGAAAACUUGUUUUAUAUGAUUUAUCAAAAUCAUAAACAGCUUCUGGAAAAUGAGUUUCAGUUCUAUAAAAAAGAAAAAUACUGAAUCAUACUUGCCCAAAGUAGCAAAUAAUGAGAACUGUGUGUGUGUGUGUGUGUGUGUGUGUGUCUGUUAUGGUUGGAUUAGGGUGAUUUAUUUUAGGAUGUAUGGCUAACAUUAAAUGUGUUAAUUUGGUGACGGUUUACUGUGGAAAAGAAAUGAUGUAUCACUCCUAGAACCUGGCUCUGCCCACGCCAUCCAGAGGAAGGUUUGAGCAGCUUCCUUUGGGACCUGUUGGGCCGUGUUCAGAUUGUCCACCUGGGUCAACAGUCGACUGACCGCCCAAGCACAAAGUCCGCCCUUCCUUGUUAAUGAAGCUCUGCCUUUCAAACCCCAACCAGCAGGGCCGGGCAGAGUGGAUGUUUGUCUCUGGAUCAGGGUUUGGACUUUCAGUGCUGGAGGUCUAGUGCUGUCUGUUUGUAAAUUUCUUGCUUUUCACAAUCAAAUAAACCCAUCAUCAAUUUAGACCAAA